AAUUGUGAUUGGCUCAAUCGGCUAAAAAUGAACCAAUGAAAUUACUUGAGCUGCAGAGUUUCGCUCGAGCGGUGUCCAAGAACAGAGAGAAGAAAAAAAAUCUGUAAAAAGUGAAUGUUUUUACCAGAGAGCAAUGGCAAACCGUUUAUACUUUCUGACGAUCAGUUUGAAUACAGGUGAGCAGGGCGGAAUUGACUUACCUGGAAUGGUGGACAAGGUCAGGAAUCUGUUGUGUAACUACUCCUCAGUAACAACGUGUGUCCACAAGUUUAAGGUGACUGGUGAAGCAAAGAUUGUAGCAGUAUUUGAUGUUUCCAACGUUAUUGGACUCGAGCGUAUGGUUGCUGGGCUUGCUAGACUCGGAAACAUCGAUGUCACUUGCAAACUUUUGAAACCCUAUGAGAAGUUUGCACAAAUGUUAAAUGUUGAUGAGGAGUUGACCAAACCAUCAACAAACUGCAUCACAAAGGAAAAACAGUUAUUCUGGCUUGACUUUACUGUCGAGUAUCAAGGUAAGAGCACAGAGGAGUUGGUUAGUACAUGGACAAGAGAGGCGAAAUUUGCGCUGGAAGCGCGCAAGUCUGGUGUUAAUCUGGAGCUGUUCAAAGUUGUUGGUGAAAGAAAGGUACAUGUGUUCAUUGCAAUGGAACCAGAUGAACUAGAUACAUUGACAUUUAAUCUCCCUGUUAUGAAGGAGAAUGGAAAUGGUGUCACCAUCGUCUGUCAAGCUAUACAGUGUUUAGACGAUUAUUCUUCACGCGUAUCAUCUGAAACUUUGUAGGAAGACAUGAAGAGGAUGGCUUACAACAUCAGCUUAUAUUUAACAGAUAGGAUUUUGUUCCUCCGUGAAUCUUGGAAAGGAUUAUAGAUAGCACUCUGUUAGUUCCAAUGGUUCAUAAAAAAACACUGGUGCUGGUUGUAUAUCAUAUAUAACUGUAUCAUCAUCAUCAUCAUCGUGAUAAUCAUCAUCUUCAUCAUUGUGACUAAGGUGGUUAACUUCUUUCACUGCCAUGGGUUUGAAAAUAUGGUUUAUAUGUACAGAUUUAUCAUAUAUGAGAAGAUCUGUUGCUGUAUCAAGGUGCCUGCCUGGUUCCUGAAAUAAUCUCCCACUCCCACUCACCUGGACUAUUUGUCAGCAUUAUAGCUCUACAGCACCUAUAGUUUGCUUGCUUAGCUCAACAGAGAGUGCAGAUCUACAGAUUGCAGAGGCUUGAGUUCGAUCCUUGGGCUAGGUGUAUGUUCUCUGUGAUGUUUGAUAAAAGACAUUGGAAGUUACUCACAAAUAACAGGUGAGGUUAGUACUGGAACAGAAUCCAGGAACACUGGUUAGGUUAAUUGCUUGCCAUUACAAAACUGAAAUAUUGUUGAAUUUUAACAACUGGAUUAUCAGAUCAACAUUCUAUAACUGGCUUUUACAGAUAAUUUAAAGCGUUUUUUCUCUAUUCCUUAUCCUGUUGUGAGAUUUACAUUUUAUAUCAAACUAAGUGCAAUAAAGAUAUUCAUGUUUUUCAUCCAGUAUUUGAACACAUAUUCUGACAAAGUACUCUCAUUAAUUUUAUAUGUUGUGAAUUCCAUCAAAACAGUUUAUACAGUUUUGUCUCAGCUAAAUGUCUACCUCUUUCACAUCAUGAGGAGCUACAUUUGUAUUUGUGUAAUAAACAUGAUAAAAGAAUUUGUUGUCAUCAAUGUAGAUUUGAUGAAGUUCAUGUAUUUCAGAAUUUAAUUGUUAAAAAGGUACUAAUCAUAUGAGCCGUGCCAUGAGAAAACCAACAUAGUGGGUGUGCGACCAGCAUGGAUCCAGACCAGCCUGCGCAUCCGCGCAGUCUGGUCAGGCUCCAUGCUGUUCGCUUUUAAAGCCUAUUGGGAUUGGAGAAACUGUUAGCGAACAGCAUGGAUCCUGACCUGACUGCGCGGAUGCGCAGGCUGGUCUGGAUCCAUGCUGGUCGCAAAGCCACUAUGUUGGUUUUCCCAUGGCACGGCUCAUAUUGCUAUUUAAGAAAAAUAUAUCCCAAACAGUGUUUUGUCAUUGAAUAAAAUCAUUUUGUGGAGUUCAGAUGCAAAGGAAUUAUGUAAUAAUGCACAUCUGAAUGACAAUGAUUUUAUAAGCUCAUCUAUUCAAAGGAUAGGUAGAGCUAUUGGACUCGCCCAUGCGUCGGCGUCCACAUCGGCUUCUCGAUUUGGUUAAGAAUUGUAUGUAAGCCAGUAUCUCAGUAUUUGUGGGAAUGGAUUGAAACUUCACCAUGAUAAACUGACUUGCAUUGCAAAGGUUCCAUACCACUAUUCAGACUCGUGGUGUUGAAUUCUUCAUGUGAGGAAGCCAUCCAGCUGGCUUAUGGAAGGUCGGUGGUUCUUCCCAGGUGCCCACUCAUGAUGAAAUAAUGCACGGAGGGGCACCUGGGGUCUUCCUCCACCAUCAAAGCUGGAAAGUCUCCAUAUGACCAAUAAUUGUGUUGGUGUGAUGUUAAACCUAAUAAAAAUGAAAAUACCUCUA